ACAGUGCUUGCGACGCCGCACGUUUCGAGCCCCAGAGACAGCUGUGCGACGAUACAUUCAAGCUGAACAUUCCUCAUAACCACGGAGAUAUGAAGUUCGUGUGCGCUGUUAUCGGCAAGUAUAAAAUGUGCCUUGCCAAUGCGAUCCAAGCGACUGGAUGUGACAACAAAGAGUUCCUGAUAAAGCAGCUACAGCCAAUGCAGCAAUACAUCCAAGAAAACCACAUCGAAUGCAUUCCAGAAGUCAAUGCGUCGUCACAGUCGAGAGCACCCACAGGCUAUCGUGCAAAGCUCGACUUGUGCACAAGAGACAAAGCAUGGGAGACACAGUUCCUGUGCGCCAAAAAAUUUCACACUAAAUUACGGAAGAUUGAGGACGACAAAGAGGUCGAAUCUCACCAAAUUUGCAGGUCUCUAAGUCGCUACUACAGUUGUUUGAACACAGUCCUUCACAGCGAAUCCUGCGAAGAGGAUACAGAGCUUAUGAUGCACAUGGAAUACUUCCCUAAGGUGCUGACCCAAAAAUACCGCGAGAUGUGCUAUGCUGAGCUCAAACUCACUGCCAUGAAUGUUGCCAAGAGACUUGAAGGCUACACUCAAGAUCACACGUGCCAGGAAGAAGACGCAACAAAAGAGUUCUUCGCGUGCGGGUUGUUGUUUAAUGAGAUUGUAAGUCACAAUCCUUCGAAAGACAGGAUUUGUGUGGCAUACCAAAACUUCGAAAACUGCACAAAAGUGAUCGCGAAGGAUUUGCACUGCAAUAUCGGUUCCGAGUUCAACACCCAUUCCAUGCACGUGAUGAACGUACUACUCGGCCAGUAUGAGAACUUCUGCAAGAAUUACAUUAUAACCACAGAUAAACCCCCUAUAAUAGACCCAACGGACAAGCCACCAGCCGGCUGCGUCGAGGACCAGUUUAUGGAGAAAUACUUCGAGUGCGGCCUCCUUUACGUGUACAAUCUGCGUGACGCUAUGUACGGCGACAAUCCGCAGCACAAGAACCAGGUGUGCGAAACUAUAGAGCGUCAUAACCUUUGUCUGGAGGAGAUCAAGAAGUCUUCAAGCUGCCAAUCGCUGCCUGAAAUCCAAGCGAGUCUCGACUACCUUACUAACGAGCUGCAUCAGGCUCCCGGCAUACAGUGCACUAAAGCACAGUACAAACGUUCCGGAAAAAUACGGUUCCGUACUUCCGAACAAAAUUGCCUCGUUAGAGAAUACGCCGGGACGUUCUUCACUUGCGGCACGAUUUUCCUCAUGAACACAUAUCCAAAUCCUCCAUCCAAGGAUGAAGACUGCAGGCAUUACAACCAGUACCUGAAGUGCUACUCCCUUCUCAUUCCUUGCACACAGCAAAGCGAUAUCAAGGCGGCAAUAGGGAAAUUUUCAGAUAUACUGACUGAAGGAUAUGCCGACAAGUGCAGAGGCGUUAAAUUGACCGAUACUUGCGACAAGUUGGUUUUGAUAAAGAACUUCUUCUCUUGUGGCCUGACGUACUACCAGUCGUACAACGAGUUCGGCGCGACGUACCUGGUUUCUCAACCACACAUUUGCAAGCUCUUGGAAGACUUCCACAACUGCAGUUAUGAAUCCGUAUUCAAGAACAAACCAAACUGCAAGGAGACUGCCCCCUUGUUUGACAACAUAAGGUUGUGAAAGAAUACAUAGCGAAGAUGUUUAACAACAAGCAUA